GUAAAUUCAGGGUAAUAUGGCUCCUAAGAAAGCAGUGCCUCCAACAGAAGUUAAAGAAAAGGAAACUGCGCCUGCCCCAGGUGAGUGUCUAUGUUACUGCUACAGAAACUGAAUUAAUAUGGUCCUUGCCCCUUCUAUUUCAGUCUCACUGAAUAAAAGACAUUAGGUUUAGUGUGUGUCCUGUAUAAUCUAAUGCUGUUAGUCUUUCUCGUAGGAGGGUGACCUCAACAUUCCACCCACAUCCCUAAUACUGGAACUCCCGUGGUUCUCACAAACUGCCACUGAUGGACUGCUAUAUAGCAAAUUGCUGACCUGUCUAUUGUCUCUUUGCUCAGUGCAAUUUGGAAUUUAGUUAUUUAUGUUACAACUGCUUCCGUUUUGAUUUUAGCAGUGUGUGUAUAGCUGAUGGUGGUAGUGAGUUGGAGUCCUUUAAUGUUCUAUGUUGUCUACUGUAAAGUUCUUUCCUCCUCGAUGCACUUCCAGCUCUUAUUCGUAUUAUUAUGCACCAUAAAUGGUUAAUCUGUAUCGUAACUUCCUAAUACUACACAUUUUAACCCUAAUCGCAAACUCCAAGUUGUGACAGUAUUCUAGCUUUUUAAAACACUGUGACUGUGUAUCCUGGCAUAGGAUAUAUUAUAUAGUAAAUAAUCUGCCUUGCUAUGCAUACCCUUCCUCCAAAUAUGAGCUGACAUUCUCCCAUUAACCCCUUAAGGACACAUGUCAUGACUCCCUUUUUAUUCCAUAAGUUUGGUCCUUAAGGGGUUAAACUCUUGAUUAGGCUUUGUUCUGAGGGACGCUUCCAACCUGCCAUAUGUGUGGAUUAUGCGUUCUCUGCAUUUCUUUCUGUAGGUAAGGUGAAGGCCAAAGCCAAGCGCAGACUCUCAAAGUUGGUGAUGCCACUGGGCCAUCCUUCUACGCUCUCAAUGGUAAUUGAAGCCCUGAAAAAGGACAGUGAGCGCAAGGGGACCUCCGUGCCAGCCAUACGUACCCGAAUUCUGGCUGCACAUCCCACUGUAGAUCCUAUGCGCCUUAAGUUCCUCUUGCGAACAGCCUUGAACAAGGGCAUUGAGAAAGGCAUCCUGAUCCGACCUCUUAACUCCAGUGCGAAAGGAGCCACUGGACGGUUCAAGGUAAAUGUCCCUGACAUAGCUAACUUGCUUGUAUCGUCUUAUGUUAAUCUACACACUUGGCUAACAAUUCAGCAAACUUACUGAAUUAACAGGCGAUAAAGGCUUAUGUAAAAGUCUUGUGCUGGUGCAAGGAUUCUUUGGCCAGCCACAGACUGGAGCAGCCCACCAGGAAACUUCUGGCUAUAAAAUGCAGCACAUACGGAGACUAACACCUCUGGUGUCGCAUGUUUUAAAGGGACACUAUAGUCACCUGAACAACUUUAGCUUAAUGAAGCAGUUUUGGUGUAUAGAACAUGCCCCUGCAGCCUCACUGCUCAAUCCUCUGCCAUCUAGGAGUUAAAUCCCUUUGUUUAUGAACCCUAGUCACACCUCCCUGCAUGUGACUUGCACAGCCUUCCACAAACACUUCCUGUAAAUAGAGCCCUAUUUAGGCUUUCUUUAUUGCAAGUUCUGUUUAAUUAAGAUUUUCUUAUCCCCUGCUAUGUUAAUAGCUUACUAGAUCCUGCAAGAGCCUCCUGUAUGUGAUUAAAGUUCAAUUUAGAGAUUGAGAUACAAUUAUUUAAGGUAAAUUACAUCUGUUUGAAAGUGAAACCAGUUUUUUUCAUGCAGGCUCUGUCAAUCAUAGCCAGGGGAGGUGUGGCUAGGGCUGCAUAAACAGAAACAAAGUGAUUUAACUCCUAAAUGACAGUGAAUUGAGCAGUGAAAUUGCAGGGGAAUGAUCUAUACACUAAAACUGCUUUAUUUAGCUAAAGUAAUUUAGGUGAAUAUAGUGUUCCUUUAAUUCUAAUGGCAGCGCCAUUGACCUGGAACCAGCAUUCUGGGAGGCUGUCAAUCCUGUGCUGAUGCCUGACAAUGGAGGAAGGUCAGGCUUCUAAGGAUUACUCUGACCAAAAAAUGUCCCCUUCAUCUAAUGCUUUAGACCCCCCUACAAUACAAACUGUCACUUUUAUGAAAUAUUACACUCCCCAUCUCUCUUCUCCUACCCUCUCACUGGUUUUCAGUAGUAGUUAAUACCACAUCAUACACAACAUGGCAAUGCUGUUCUGUACCCUCCAGCUCGCAAAAGGUGAGAAGAAGCCAACCACUCAGAAAAAAAAGAUGUCUGAGAACAUCGACCCAAAUGCAGAAGAGAAACCAAUAAAGAAGACUACUAAAAAAGCAAAAGUUGCUAAAGGUCAGUAACUCCUUCCCCAUGGUGACUUUGGAACUAAUGUGUCUUGGUAAACGGUGUUCUAUGCUACCAGCUAGCACUUAAGUGGUUUUUAUGCUGAAUCCCUACUGACCUGCUCUAAUUAUGGUGCAUGCUAAUGCUUCAAACUUACAAGUUUCUUGUAAUUUAAGCCUCUAACAGCAGAGGGUAGCGGUCUGGUAGGUGAUGUAGGCUGACUGUGUAAACAUUCUCUUGUGCAGGUGAGAAAACAGAUAAGGUGGAGAAAGCUGAACCCAAGAAGGAUGUGGUGAGUGACUCAUUGUGUGCCUUGGUGAUACGGGGCUGAUCUGCUGCUUUCAGUGUGAUCCUCAGAUCAUCCCAGUGUAUUCUGUUUAAUGAUAAAGGAGUCUUGUCCAUGAAUCCUACAUCCACAAAUGGAUGGCUUAAAAUGUACCUGUCAUUCCUGGCACAACUUGUGUGCUUUCCAAAGAUCAUCAAUUUAUAGGUAUACAUUAUCCUGGCAAACUACAGCUUUGGAGAGAGGCUUAAAAUGUCUAAGCGUUAGUGUGAACUAUUGUUACCCUUAAUGUGCAAUAUGUCUAAAUUGUCAGCCACUAGCACACUGGUGCAAUCUGCCACCGCACACCCAAACCACAAACUUUAAACUCUCCCUACCCCCAAAAAGCACUUCUUAUACAAAUGGUCUUUUAUACAAGAGAAGAACUCCACUGUGGGGUUAAAUAAAUCUAGACUGGUAUUUCGCUUGUCAGUCAACUAACCUACAUGGCCAAUGGCACGUAGUGUAGAAGACGACCCACAGUCCUCCUGCUCUCCUCACAUGGCAAUUGCAGUGCAUGCACUGACUAGGUUUUGGUGACAAUGUGAUGUCACACUGACAAUGAAGGCAGUGUGUUGGCCCCAAAGUCUUUGCCCUGCUUGGGAAAACAAACAUAUGUCUGGCUUGGCAGUUUUGGAUUUGGGAAAAGAGUCCUAAUGGGCUCCUCUUGGCUAGCUUGAGUGUCCAUGACAUGCAAACUGUCUUUCUAUAUCAGGAUAUAGAAAUGCAUAUCUGUAACAAUGUGUAGCAGACUGUUAUGGGAAUGCCAUCAUUGAAAGGGGAUAGGGCAUAUUUCGGAGGGACCCACUAACUUUAGGGGUGUGAAUGAAGGUGGGGCUGUCCUGAGACUUGUGUAAAUGCAGCUAAUAUAUCUAAUUGAGCACCAGCAUGACAGACUAAUCACUACAAUGUGAAUAGUCAGGAUUCCAAAGUUUAUUAUACAAAUUCUUGCUAGACUGAAAACCUAGCUGAUCCAGACUGUGUGGGUUGUUGGCUGACAUUGUGUCAUGUUCUGACUUUUGGCAAUUGUAUUCUGUCAGAAGAAAAAACCUGCUGCAAAGAAAGAUGGCAAAGAGAAAGCUGUUAAGGCUACUGCAAGUAAGAAACCAAAAGCUACAACUCCAGCUGAGGGAGCCAAGCCCAAGAAGGUGCCAGCCAAAAAGGAGCCAAAAGCGGGGGCUUCAAAAGAACCUAGUACAGCAGAAGGCCCAGCACCCAAAAAUGGCAAGAAAGUAAAAAAAUGACCAAUGUGUCAGCAAGGAGUUUUAACUUUGUAAAUGUAACUUAUAAU